AUGCCCUCAAACAUGGCGUGGCGUGUAGGCUAUGCUGGAUUACGUCCUAUUUUAAGUACAAGCAUGCUUAUCGUGCCCAAUAAUUUUAUCAUAAAUUUUUUCAGAAACGAGGAAUGGCUUGGGGGUGAAUCAAAAAAUGGACCAAGUGAACAGGAUCCAUCUGGAGAGGCAACACCUAGCACUGACAAUGAUGAAGGUUUCGCAAAUUACUAUGAUGAAGUUGUUGACAACUUCGAUGAUAUGGGGCUUAAAGAAGAACUUCUUAGAGGAAUUUAUGCUUAUGGUUUUGAGAAACCAUCAGCAAUUCAACAAAGGGCCAUUAUGCCUUGUAUCAAAGGUCAUGAUGUAACUGCACAGGCCCAAUCUGGUACUGGCAAAACGGCUACUUUUUCAAUUUCAAUUUUGCAGCAGAUAGAUACUAGUAUUAAUGAGUGUCAAGCCCUCAUUCUUGCACCAACUCGAGAAUUGGCUCAACAGAUCCAAAAAGUUGUAAUUGCUUUGGGAGAUUUUAUGAAUGCUAUGUGUCAUGCUUGCAUUGGUGGUACUAAUGUACGUGAAGAUAUGAGAAAACUAGAACAUGGUGUACAUGUUGUAGUUGGAACUCCAGGUCGUGUUUAUGAUAUGAUUAAUAGAAGAUGUUUACGUACUGAUAGGAUCAAAAUAUUUGUUCUGGAUGAAGCUGAUGAAAUGUUGUCUCGAGGAUUUAAGGAUCAAAUUCAUGAUGUGUUCCAAACACUGGAUGUUGAUGUGCAGGUUAUAUUAUUAUCAGCUACAAUGCCCCAUGAUGUUUUAGAAGUCAGCAAAAAAUUUAUGAGAAACCCCAUUAAUAUUUUGGUUCAAAAAGAUGAACUUACGUUGGAGGGUAUAAAGCAGUUUUACAUUUCUGUCGAACGUGAAGAAUGGAAAUUUGAAACUUUAUGCGAUCUCUAUGAGACACUAACUAUCACUCAAGCUGUAAUAUUUUGCAAUACAAGGCGUAAGGUAGACAUGUUAACGGAUUUCAUGCAUAAGAAAGAUUUCACUGUUUCUGCAAUGCAUGGAGAUAUGGAGCAACGUGAAAGAGAAUUUAUUAUGCGUCAGUUCCGAUCGGGAUCUAGCCGUGUCCUCAUCACAACUGAUCUUUUAGCUCGUGGCAUUGAUGUUCAACAGGUUUCUUUAGUUAUCAACUACGACCUGCCUUCUAAUCGUGAAAACUAUAUUCAUAGAAUUGGUAGAAGUGGACGAUUUGGAAGAAAAGGUGUCGCUAUAAAUUUUGUUACCGAGCAAGACAAGAGAACCCUGAACGAUAUAGAACAAUUCUUCAAUACGCAUAUCAUUGAAAUGCCAAUGAACGUAGCUGAUUUGAUUUAG